AAAUGAAAGGAAUCAUCAUCCUUUUCUGUACUAUCACUCUGGUUAUUGCCAAUGUGUGCAAGAAUGAGGCUCAAGAAAUUGGGUCUCCUCUUGCAGCCAGCUUUGGGAUUACAGGAGCAUCACAAACUUACCUUUUCGACGUUUUAGAAGAUCAUGGGAGGAGUUUACUCUAUUAUGUUGGAUAUUACAAGAUAGGUGCUGCUCCACAUCAAACUAUUAUUUAUAAGACUGACUAUAAGCUGAGUAAACUCAAGGUUUAUUCUUAUGAUAUCUAUUGCAAGUAUUUUGCUUUAACUAUCAAACCUAACGGAGAUUUUAUCUAUAUAAUGGGAAUAACAGUUGGGAAGAUCUUUGAAAUCAGAACUAGUGAUCUGGUCAUUACCAGAGAAUUUGCUAUUGACACUCAGAUGAUUAAUUCCCUCUGAGAUAUGACUGCAAAAGAUUAUCUGUAUUUUAGUGUCAGAUUAGGUUCGGUUAUAGAAACAUGUAGGUGGGAUACUACAUCUACUAAUGUCGACUGAUUUAAUCUUGGGAUUUACAGACCCGUCAAUUUUGUACCUGCUAAAGGUAAUCAAUUAUUCUUUGCAACGGUUGAUCCAAUCAAUAACCAAUACUACUUGAUGAACUAUAAUUUUUCUAAUCCUUCAAGUCUUAUCUGGGAGAAGAGUAUCGCAUGUCUGACUCCAAGUUGAACAUAUAGAAAAAGUUCAUCAAUUAUUGAUUGGAAUGACGAAUGGAUAUAUGCGAUGAUUUUGUUUGAUGGGAAUUUCAUAUUUCACAAGGUAAAUUUCACUGAUGGUUCACAACAAAGUAAUGGUUUAUUUUUGAUGGAUUCUAUUUAUCACGCUAGCUACUGAAUGAGAGAAUUCAAGACUCUGGUAGCAGUUCAUAUUAAUAGUGUGUCAUUUACAAACCGUCAAAGAUUAAUUCUGAUAGAUAAAGAAAGCGUAACAAUUUUGGAAGAAUAUAAACAUAUAAAUUCAUCUCCUCAUGGCGUUGGGAGAUUAUUUUAUCAAGAUCAAGAUGUGAUGUUUCAUGCUGGGAAAUUACAUGGAGAACUGUUUUAUCUUGCAAGAUCAUUUAACGAGAAUAUUGAUCAGUUAUCUGAGUUUGAAUGAGACUCUCAUCUGUUCACUGCAAUCAUUUCUGAUUAUCAGAUAUCUGUACCUGCAACUAGCCCAACUCUCAUUUCUAGCAGCAAGACACUGACAAUAUCGACUUCUCCUUCAAUUUCAGCAAGCGAUAUUACUUCAACAAUAAACCCCAGUUUCACCACAUAUGUCGCUUUGUGGAACCAAGACCAUGUUGAAGAUGUCCAAAGCAACUCUCUGGUCCAAAUCCAGUUUACUUGGGCCUGUGCUCAAUCAGUCAACUACACUGAUAUCAGCUUCAGCUUGGUCCAAACUGGGUCGAAUGAGAUCCCUGAGUGGGUCCAGAUUGACACAGCCAAUCAAGAACUCUACCUGAACAAAACACCCCAACUCACAGAGCCAGCCACUUACUAUUUCUCGUUGCAGAUUUCGUUUGACAGCGAAGUCCACUACAAACGAUUCGAAAUCACUGUUGAGCAGUGAAGCAUCACCAACUGAGAGAUCUGACAGCUUGGAAGUCCAAACCUGUGAGAGACCUGCAAAACUGGUUUUGAAGCUUCGAGUGACAUGGCAUCCUGAUCGAAAGUUCAAGCUAUGACUGGUGUAACCGAAGCUGCUGCAGCUCUGGGAGCAGCCAGUGUCAUGAUGGCAAGUGCUUCGUCUGUGUUGUCUCUGUCGUCAGUCAACUCCAUAUUCAGCGUCAUGAACAGUCUCCAACUGGCUAUUCAACUCCCUCUGGUUCCUGAUUAUUUCUCUCCGAAAGUGCUGGCGUUCCUAAGCGGGAUGGGGUUCUCAAUGAUGUCAUUUGACUUUCUGAAGUUCAAAGACAUUCCGUUUGUCAUUGCUAUCACUGAGUGGGUGUCAUACCCUCAGUCUGAUGAGUAUCUGAACAGCAUCGGAAUGAGGUCUGGCAGUUCUGUAGUCAACUAUUUGUCACUGAUGGCGUUCAUUAUGUUCUUGGCACUCAUCCAUUUCUGUAUCAUCAUGUGAAACAAGUGGGUAGGCCAGAGUAAACACACCAAAUGAAGGAAGUGGCUCAACAAGCUGUUUGUAUUCUUUACAUUCAACAUAUACAUCCGUGUGUUCAUCCAGGCGUUUGCAUUUACAACACUGUCGAUAUUCUCUGAAAUGUACGCAGUGAACCUGUCCACAUGGGUGACUAAGGUGUCUUUCGGACUCUGCAUCAUGUUUGCAAUGUGAACAAGUGUGCUGUUCAUUCUGUCAUUCAUCAUGUAUGUGAAGUCAUUUCCUGAAGUUGACUCUCAGAAGUACUGGCCAUGAACAGAGUACUUUAAUGGAGUCAAGCCAACUAUGCUCUCAAAGCUGUAUUCUAGCAUAUUCAUGUUAGUGAGAUUAAUGUUGAUUUCACUACUAAUUUUCGGAAGAUCAGCUGGCCACACCACAAAGACAACGUAUUUCUACUUGAUAAACAUCGCCUACUGUUUGUACUUGCUGGUUGUGAGACCAUUAGAAAACCCUCAAGACAACAUCAUUGAGAUUGUCAACCAAAGUUUGUUUUGUUGUCUGGCAGUUCCACUUACUUGGCUGAACACUGAAGCUGCAUGGACUCCAUUUAUUGAAGCAUAUUACUCAUCCAUUCUGACAGCAUCUCCUUCGAUAUGUGCAGGGAUAUCAUUUGUGUUCUUGUUAAAGUCAAUAAUAUCUUACAUUAGGAAAUGUAGAAGCAACAAAAGUAAAGCUCAGAACAUUUUUCCAAAGAAACCAUCAGUCCAGCACAAAAUAAGACACCAUAAUGAAGAAGACAGAAAAGAAAAUCAGAGCAAUCAUGAGUCAAGAAUAAAAUCUAGUUCAAGCAUUAGCGGAAGUAAUGCCUCAAUAAUGGCUCGGCCUUGAGAGUCUCAACAUUUAACUCGCUUUAAAAGAAACAAUUCCUCUGGAGUAUAAAUAACUGGAAACAAGAAUAUAAUUUGAAUGAAUUUUUAUUUUAACUUUCA